AGCGUAUCUUCAAGCUGAAGACUGAAGUUGAACGGAGCGCUCUCGCAACUCCAAUGGAUCAGCUGCUUUAACCUAGCAUCGAUCUUUCUCAUGGCGGGUCUCAACGGCCCCUUGAGGCUGCAGGCCUCCUCCACCAGUUCCUCCAGCGCCAGCUUCGCAUCGAGGAUAGUCCUCCUUCUGACUGCGCUACCCCUCGCACUUGCGGCAUUCGCCUUCAUGCUCCAGUGGCGUGGUGAGAUCAAUGAUCCGUCAUCCGCCUGGCCAAGUGACAGGCAGACUUUUCCCGGCAUGGACAAUAGCCCGCUGGGAUCCUCGGCCGUCUCUAUCUUUUCCUCAGUUUCCCGCUCUUCUUCCCCCUCUUCCUCUGAUUGUAUAGAGAUCCUAAGCAGGAGUUCCCCUGGUUCCUUGCCUUAUUACCACGGUCGGAAUUAUGUUUCCGAUCCUAAUCUGCGACCCAGGAUCUGUAUCACAUCAAGCACGUCUGCUGGCUUAGAGCAGAUUUUACCAUGGCUGUAUUUCCAUAAAGUGAUUGGGGUUUCCCAGUUCUUUUUGUUUGUGGAAGGCGCAGCUGCAAAGCCUGAUGUUUCAGCAGUUCUUGAAUCAAUUCCUGGUGUUAAAGUGAUAUACAGAACUGCUGAACUUGAAGACAAACAGGCUAAAAGCCGCAUAUGGAACGAGACUUGGCUGUCAAAUUUCUUUUACAAACCAUGUAACCAUGAAUUAUUUGUUAAGCAAUCACUUAACAUGGAGAUGGCUAUUGUUAUGGCACGGCAUGAUGGAAUGGAGUGGAUUAUCCAUCUUGACACAGAUGAAUUAUUACAUCCAGUGGGGUCCAACGAAUACUCCGUAAGGCAGUUGCUUUCAGAUGUUCCCAGCAAUGUUGAUAUGGUUAUCUUUCCCAAUUACGAAAGUAGCAUAGAACGAGAUGACAUCAAGGACCCAUUUAGUGAGAUUUCCAUGUUCAAGAAGAACUAUGAUCAUCUUCCGAAGGAAACUUAUUUUGGUCUGUACAAGGAAGCAACGCGUGGUAAUCCCAACUACUUUCUCACCUAUGGAAAUGGAAAAUCUGCAGCACGGAUUCAAGAUCAUCUACGUCCUAAUGGAGCUCAUAGAUGGCACAACUAUAUGAAAACUCCAAAUGAGAUCAAAUUAGAGGAGGCUGCUGUUCUACAUUACACAUAUUCAAAGUUUUCUGAUUUGACAUCAAGACGCAACCGCUGCGGUUGCAAACCGACAAAAGAGGAUGCGAAACGGUGCUUUAUGUUAGAAUUUGAUAGAACUGCUUUCAUAAUUGCUUCAACAGCUACUGAGGAAGAAAUGAAGCGAUGGUUCCAAGAACACGUUGUAUGGCACGACAAACAACUAAAUCUGAAACUCCUCAGGAAGGGCAUUCUGACCCGUAUAUAUGCACCCAUGGCCAUCAUUCGAGGUUUGAGAGAGUCUGGCAUUUUCACCGCCGCGAUUGCUUCCGCACAUUCCCAAUCCAAGCAGAAAUCAUCAUCAUCUAUGGUGAAUCUACAAAACAGUUCUAUUUCCGAACAACAUUCACUGCAAUCCAGUAUCACUACUGAAAGCACUUUUCACGAAUCAAAGGCGACGGCGCGGAAAGUACUGGAGGCCGGAAGCAACCAAGGUGGCGCAGUUCCUCCGUUGCCUCCGCCGGGAUUAGGUGAUCUUCUCAUGGAGGCAUAAUGGUUGUUUGAUUAUGAUUUUUCUACCGUGUCAAGCACUGAAUCUGAUGGGAUUCAAACAAAAGCUGGGACAAAGUCAGAAUGAGGUAUUGUUUUAUACCCUGAUAUACUUCUGUGGUUACAAAAGGAACUUAAUCUUGUAGCUGAUUAGUAAAAUAUUAUCAUAAUUAAUUGAUGAAAUGUUAAAUAGGUUUGUCUAUUAAAAUUAUAAGAUUGUAAAGCCUUUUUUUUUUUUGUUUUUGUUUUUCAAACAAUUUAUCAAUGAUACGGUUGAGUGACCGUUUCCUGAA